GCAGGUCACUCAAACAGUGGCCAUCGUAGGCCUGUUCCUGCUAACUUUUUCCCAAUCUGUAAAACUGAAUAACCACUCAGAAGAAUCCAAAGAGAUUGAAAGGAUUGAAAAUAACAUCGAAACGUCAAUGGGAAAUAUGGCAAAACACUUUGAAGAGGGCAACGGCAUUGAUGGAAAGCAAUCCAGAGUUAUCUCCAAGGCUUUCGUAAAACUUGGAGAUUUUAUAAAGAAAAGGACCGAACAAACCAAAACCAAGCCAAAACCAAACUCCCAAUGGACUAUUCUUACGCUUAAAUUUUCCAAGAUAUAAAUGUUUAGGUAAAAAUAAAAAGAAAAGUUAGAAAGCGUUUUGAAUACAAAUUAAGUGUAUCGAACUGAUUUUACGGUACAGCACAUUAGUGGCUUUAUUUAUAUUAAUUUUAAAGCAGUUUAACGAUGACAGCCCUUUUGUUAAUAUACCUUUGCAUUUUACUCUUAAUUACCAAAUACAUCCAGGGAAAGUCGAGUUCAGAGGAGAACAAGAGUUUCAACAUCAAAACCGGCGGCAAUGCCCACGUUAGAUUUUUAUACGAACGACCUAAAGGAAAAAGUCACUCAACUUUUACUGGCAAGAAAAAGAGGGAAGCCGAAUAUUUCCUAAAUUUUGUAUUUAACAACUACCGAAAUCCCAAAAAGUCUCUGGACCGGAAAGUGAAAAUGCGCCGAACUCACAGUCGAUUACUGCCCAAUGGAAUGCCCAAUCCUUAUAAGUACUUACCGCUCAAAGGCGAAGAUAUGUAGACAUAAAACCGUACUAUCUGUUGAUUUGUUUACUUACACAAUGAACCCAAAAUGUUUACUCAUUGAUAAUAAAAAUAACUUUUU